AUGAGACACUUUGGCAUUAAGGCAUGUCACUGCAGAAUCAUGUUUUCUAAAGCUAAGCCUUCUGUUUUAGCACUGUCUAUUAUGGCACUAGAGAUAGAAGAACAAAAACUACUAGAGUUGACAGAGGCAUUGGAAUUUCUGCAGUUGCAUUCUUCCAAGAUAAACAACAGAGAUUUGACCUUCUGGAAGGAAUUGGUGUUGAAGUGCCUUACAGAAUAUUCCUCAAGCAAGUGUUCCAAACCAAAUGUCCAGAAAUUAAAAUGGAUCGUGUCUGGACGUACAGCACGGCAGCUUAAGCAUAGCUAUUAUAGAAUAACACACCUUCCUACAAUUCCAGAAACCAGCUCAUAAUAGGAG